GAAACCAAAGUACCAGCGAGCGGCGGGCGCACGAACGUCACACGAAAACGACUUCUACAACUUUACACUUCAUUUGUGAAUUUUUUCUCCGUCAAAAAGUAUUUUUUCAAACUGAAUAACAGAAAAGGUAACUUUUUGCUUCGAGGACGUAGACUGACAGUGCAGUGCAGUGAGCUGAGCAGCAGGCCUGCAGCUGGUGGAUCAGGAUGGAUAGACUGACGCUUUCUCACAUCGAUGAGCAGCUGGAUUCCUCCGAGGUGGCCGCUCUCUGCUUCUUGUGUCGGGAUGUGGUCCACAUUAAACGCCUGGAGGGGAUCACUGAUGCAAAAAGGCUCUUUGUGAGACUCGAAGAACAAGGUCUGCUGGAGGACUAUUCCUUCCUCUGUCAGCUGCUCCAAACUAUCCGGCGAGCCGAUCUCCUCAACCGCCUGGAGACGGACAGCAGGCGACCAGAAGAAACCGACGCAAGUCCUGUGCUGUCAGAAUACAGGGUGGCGCUGUACAAAAUCUAUGCGGACAUGACUGAGGAAAACUUUGAAAAGUUGAAGUUCCUUUUGAGUGACAAGCUGGGCAGAAGACAAACUGAGGCAUGCAAGACAGCACUGGAUGUGUUUGCUGAAAUGGAAAAGACUGGUUUUCUGUCAAACACCAAUCUCCGUGACCUGCAUGAGAUACUGCAGGAGAUAGAUCAACAACUGGCUGCAAUCACACAGCGCUAUGUGGAAGGGGUAACCCAGCCGCUUCCUCGCAGAUUAUCUUCUCAUCUCAGCAUGGAUAACCAGGGGGUCCAACCCACCACCCAGCCAACACAACCUGUCGAUGUGUCGAUAUCUGAGACUCAGCCCAGCGAUGGAGAAGCGAGUGUUUGCACCGAUGCAGAACCAAAAACCUCCUCCUCUCUUCCCGAUCAGACAGAUUACUACGCCCUGACUCAUGUGCCACGUGGUUUGUGUGUGGUCAUCAAUAAUGAGGACUUCCCGGGAACAGUGAUGUCAAAACGAAAUGGGACGCAGGCGGAUGUGGGGGCUCUGCGCACAGUGUUCACCGCUCUCGGCUUCACUGUGCUGGUGCGCGACAACUUGACAGCAGGUGAUAUGAAACUGGAACUACAAAAACUGUGCAGGAGGAGUUUUUUGGAUGAGGAUGCUUUGGUGAUAUGCGUGCUUUCCCAUGGAGAAAAAGAAUGCGUGCUUGGGACUGACGGGAAGCCGGUGUUCCUGCGAGAGCUGUCCCAGCCCUUCUCCAGCAGGAUAGCUCCCACCUUGGCCGGGAAGCCCAAACUGUUGUUCAUUCAAGCGUGUCAGGGGAGCGGCUACCAGAGAGGAUCCAUGCCCUGUCCCCCAAAGGCAAAACAGGAGCAGGAGGAGGGAGAGAGCCGCCUAGAGGAAGACGCUGGUCCCCUGCGUGGAGAGACGGUGCCUUGGGACGCUGACUUCCUGCUGGGCAUGGCCACCGUGCCGGAGUGCAAGUCGUUUCGAAACACUACCACGGGCUCCAUCUACAUCCAGGAGCUGUGCAAGCAGCUGACAAAGUCUGCUAGUAGCAGCACGGAUAAUGACGACAUACUCACUGUGCUGACACGUGUGAACAGGGAGGUCAGCAAAGGAGAAUAUUUUAUCUACAAACAGAUGCCAGAGCCCAAGUACACCCUCACCAAGAAGCUCGUCCUCAAGUGUGUGUGAGCUGACCGGGACAAUGUACAACGCUGAAAAUAUUCCAACUUUUCAUAGGCCUGACUGGUUAACUGUGUGUCUGACUGUGUGGCUGUGUGUGUUUUUAUUCUCGCUGUACAGCUGAUUGGAUGAAUUUGAAUGUCAGUGUUUUUGAAGUUAUCUCGAGAAGGGGAUGUGUUUUGAUCAUGCCAUAUCAAAUGUAUUUUUGGAAAUGUUGGAUGAUUCCCAUUUAUUCUGGAAAAAAUAAACAAUAAGACAUUU